AUGGAAUCAAAAUGUUCUCAAGGGGACAAGCACCUAUCAGAAGAGGAAGCUGGCGAUUCCCGACUGCAUGGAGGUCGUUUGCGAAACAGUGGCCUUCUCGGUGCGCUGUUUCAGUUUCUUCACAGUGUAGGUUUAAAACGGACAGCUGAAUCUUUGGCGCAUGAAUCAGCGGAAAAGCUUGCAAAGAAGCGUGCACGCUGCGAAUGUGAUGCGACUAUUCAUAGAGCCGAAUCAAGCUCUGAAAUUGCAGACAACUCAAGCGACUCGAGCAGUUCGCAUACUGCUGGACUUUCGAUACAGAGAUCAAAGCGCUUGAGCUUUGCAAUAGAAGAGUUAGACGCAAGAUUACUGGAAGAAAGUGGGAUCGACGCUCGGACAUACAAAUGGGCCUCUGAAACAGAUGCGAAAUGGAGCGUGUCUCCUGUAUUGAGUUUGUCAGCCGCAGGUGCGGCCCUAACCGGUCGAAGGCGAAGUGAAAAGGUUUCAGUAAGGGCCCCUGCUCAGUCUAUUCCAGAUUCUGGUGGGCCGGGCGCUGUCUCGGAAGCAGUGGCGAUCUCAAAAAACGAGUCAGCUCCACAAGAGCGUGAGAGGCGCGCGAGAGCAGACUCCGGUGCUGUCGGCUCAGCCGAGUCGCGAUUCUACGCGUCGGCGUUUCCCCGGAAAAAAGGCAGCGUCUUAGAUAAUGAACGACCCCAACCAGAUGUAUUCUCAUCAUCUUCUCUGAAAUUGCUUCCUGAAUCUGUGGUCCUGGUGGAGUCGACCUCUGAGUCGUCGUCGAGCGACGGCGAGCGAGUCACAAGGCGCGCUGGGAGCGUCCAACCGCCACAUCGGGCCUCAGCGAAGCGUGCGCUAGCGUCGACGGCAACAUCGUCGAGCUCAUCGAGCUCAUCGAGCUCACUAGAGGCUGCGGAAGCGCGGAAGGUGCCACCGAGGACGGCAGGUGUUGCGUCCUCCACUUCGGAGUCGACUUCUGAGUCGUCAUCGAGCGACAGCGAGCGAGUCACAAGGCGCGCUGGGAGCGUCCAACCGCCACAUCGGGCCUCAGCGAAGCGUGCGCUAGCGUCGACGGCAACAUCGUCGAGCUCAUCGAGCUCACUAGAGGCUACGGAAGCGCGGAAGGUGCCACCGAGGACGGCAGGUGUUGCGUCCUCCACUUCGGAGUCGACCUCUGAGUCGUCGUCGAGCGACGGCGAGCGAGUCACAAGGCGCGCUGGGAGCGUCCAACCGCCACAUCGGGCCUCAGCGAAGCGUGCGCUAGCGUCGACGGCAACAUCGUCGAGCUCAUCGAGCUCAUCGAGCUCACUAGAGGCUGCGGAAGCGCGGAAGGUGCCGCCGAGGACGGCAGGUGUUGCGUCCUCCACUUCGGAAUCGACUUCUGAGUCGUCAUCGAGCGACGGCGAGCGAGUCACAAGGCGCGCUGGGAGCGUCCAACCGCCACAUCGGGCCUCAGCGAUGCGUGCGCUAGCGUCGACGGCAACAUCGUCGAGCUCAUCGAGCUCAUCGAGCUCACUAGAGGCUACGGAGGCGCGAAAGGUGCCACCGAGGACGGCAGGUGUUGCGUCCUCCACUUCGGAAUCGACUUCUGAGUCGUCAUCGAGCGACGGCGAGCGAGUCACAAGGCGCGCUGGGAGCGUCCAACCGCCACAUCGGGCCUCAGCGAAGCGUGCGCUAGCGUCGACGGCAACAUCGUCGAGCUCAUCGAGCUCAUCGAGCUCACUAGAGGCUACGGAGGCGCGAAAGGUGCCACCGAGGACGGCAGGUGUUGCGUCCUCCACUUCGGAGUCGACUUCUGAGUCGUCAUCGAGCGACGGCGAGCGAGUCACAAGGCGCGCUGGGAGCGUCCAACCGCCACAUCGGGCCUCAGCGAAGCGUGCGCUAGCGUCGACGGCAACAUCGUCGAGCUCAUCGAGCUCAUCGAGCUCACUAGAGGCUACGGAAGCGCGAAAGGUGCCACCGAGGACGGCAGGUGUUGCGUCCUCCACUUCGGAGUCGACUUCUGAGUCGUCAUCGAGCGACGGCGAGCGAGUCACAAGGCGCGCUGGGAGCGUCCAACCGCCACAUCGGGCCUCAGCGAAGCGUGCGCUAGCGUCGACGGCAACAUCGUCGAGCUCAUCGAGCUCAUCGAGCUCACUAGAGGCUACGGAGGCGCGAAAGGUGCCACCGAGGACGGCAGGUGUUGCGUCCUCCACUUCGGAGUCGACUUCUGAGUCGUCGUCGAGCGACGGCGAGCGAGUCACAAGACGCGCUGGGAGCGUCCAACCGCCACAUCGGGCCUCAGCGAAGCGUGCGCUAGCGUCGACGGCAACAUCGUCGAGCUCAUCGAGCUCAUCGAGCUCACUAGAGGCUACGGAAGCGCGGAAGGUGCCACCGAGGACGGCAGGUGUUGCGUCCUCCACUUCGGAAUCGACUUCUGAGUCGUCAUCGAGCGACGGCGAGCGAGUCACAAGGCGCGCUGGGAGCGUCCAACCGCCACAUCGGGCCUCAGCGAAGCGUGCGCUAGCGUCGACGGCAACAUCGUCGAGCUCAUCGAGCUCAUCGAGCUCACUAGAGGCUACGGAGGCGCGAAAGGUGCCACCGAGGACGGCAGGUGUUGCGUCCUCCACUUCGGAGUCGACUUCUGAGUCGUCAUCGAGCGACGGCGAGCGAGUCACAAGGCGCGCUGGGAGCGUCCAACCGCCACAUCGGGCCUCAGCGAAGCGUGCGCUAGCGUCGACGGCAACAUCGUCGAGCUCAUCGAGCUCAUCGAGCUCACUAGAGGCUACGGAGGCGCGAAAGGUGCCACCGAGGACGGCAGGUGUUGCGUCCUCCACUUCGGAGUCGACUUCUGAGUCGUCAUCGAGCAGCGGCUGCAGUAGAUGCUCAGCGCGUAUGAAUAUGAGUGACUUUGGAACCAGCAGCGAGCCGAAUUUACCAGUUCCGCCUGGAAAGAUAUCAGCAAGUCGCACGGCUCCUGGCAGGAUAGAGGAACGAUUCCAGGAUUCCCUUCCCAACACCUCAGACCAUCAGCUGAUAGCAUCUCAUUGUGACAGAAAUGAUAACAUAUCAGUGCAUUCCACUGGAGGCAGCUCAUGCGAGCCAUCUAGGCAUUAUCAUGAAAUCAAUGGAUCUCUCGCGAAUGGUAAUACUGAUGGAAUAAGUCCAUCAUUAGAAUCGCGUGAGAUGAAAAUGCAAAUGAACAGCUACCAUGCUGAAGAUCUUGCUUCCGGGAAAGUGCAGGAACAGAGAACAGGGAAUGCUGCGUCCAGCGGGUCGCAAUAUUUUCAUGGAGAGCUCCAUGGAAGGAAUCCAUUAGGACGACAUGCAACGCAACACAUCCCUGAAGGUGAGGGCAAGGCCCCUCGGAAUCGCGGGGUUCGGACAAACCAUGCUGGAAGUGAAAUCGCGAAUGGCAGAGCUUCUAGGGAUGCGAGCUCUCGGAAAGGGAACGUUGCUCAAUCACAGAACCCUGCCGAAGGCACUGAGCGUACUUCCCAGCGAAAAGUACUAAUAGGCACGGAUUCAGCUCCGGCUGCUGUUACGGAAUCAUGUAUAAGUGACGACGUCCAGUGUGGACCCUCGAAUACGUCGAAACCGCAUAACUCUAGCCUCAUGGUCGGCCAGAACAAAACGAUGAAAUGGGAUUCUUUAGAAGAGCAAUAUCGGUUUCAUGCGCAAGACGGAGGAGACUUGCCAGUCUGUGCAAAUCAGAUCCAAAAUCAUCAGAAAAGAGAUACGGGGAAACCUUUAGACAAACGAACGCGUAGAGAGCACGGAUCUCCUUGUUCAAGCUGGCAUUCCUUAACUGAGAAUUGCCAUACGAAAGCUCAAAAGUCAAACGUUUGCGCAGGUUUCAGGAAACCAGAGAGACUUCACUCUAGCAAAGAUGCGGAUCCUAGAUACAAGCCGCGCGCAGCGAUGGAAGACGGUGGAAAUGGGAUCGCAUUUGAUGGACUGCGCGCUUGCAGUUCAAACGAACAAAUAGGGAGCGCUUUCAGUGCAUCACAAAUUGAUUCCCAUCCAGGAAUGCUAGCGCAAUCUACUGAUAUGGCGCCUCGGGUAACGAAACCCGUGUCUGCGAUGGGGCGCAAAAGUCAGUCAUCCACGCAAACCAUUUUGUCCGACCCCAGAGAUGACUCAGCAGGAAGCAUCAUUGUAGAAGGCUCUGGUGACAAAAGUCAGUGCGACGUGGCUGGUGCCUCUAGCUCCAAGCUGAAUCCUCACCCACAGGCUGCCCCAAAAUCCGACAGAGCGAAGAGAGUCCCCCAGGCUAACACACCUUUCCGGAGGAUUCAAGAGGAACGUUUCUUUUCUUCGGAUGUUACCCUCAUUGAUCCCACCCCGAGAGAUCAGCAUGCCCAGAAAACCUGGGCGGAACUCUCCGCAUACCAAGGAAAAGCGUUUCGCAAAAUGAAAACUAAGAGGAAACGAAGCGGUUCAUUUUGUGGUAAGAUUUCUCUAGAACCACGAUCUAUGAAGUUCGAUGCAUAUACUUGA